UGGGAUAGUUUUCAGUCGUUUACGUCCAAGAAAACAUUGAAGUAACUAAGGAUACCAUCUCUGAGAAUCGAUAGUGUAGAUACUUGUUAAAUACUAUCCCUACAGAAUUCAUUUGUUAUUAUAUUCAUUAGCUUUGUAGUUCAUUUUGUAACUGACAUAAUUUCAUGGUAAUUUUUCUAAUAUUACAAUGUCAAAACAAAAACAAGACCCGUCUAUAGAAGAGACCGAAGAAGAAUUUAUAACUAGACUCACUCAACCGCGAAUUUGGUCUACGUUAAAUACAAGUUAUUUUAUUCAAUCAAUGCCAGAAGAAAGAUUAGAAGAAGUUUUAGAUUUAUUUAAAAGUUAUUAUGUAUACGAAGAAGCGCUAUGUGCAAAUAGUGGCUUGGUAAAUGAUAAAGAGUCUUUCGAUCAGUUUUUGGAACUCAUUAAGACUUGGAUUUUAGAUACAUUAACUACCGUGGCUAUAGAAAAGAAUUCUGGAAAAAUUGUAGGAGUUCUUGUGUGUCGAGUUUGCUCCGAGGAAGACCACUCAUUAGAUUUUAGUCGUUUGAGGCUAUACAAAGGCAAAAUAUGGAAUGAAAUACAAUAUUUUAAAAAUAACCUCAGUCAAAAUGUGGAUAUUUAUAAAAUAUAUAAAACUAGUGUGUUUUGUCAAGUUUAUGCUUGGUAUGUACUCCAGUCUCAUAGAGAUCAAGGAAUAGGUAAAAAGUUAUUGGAAACUGUAGUGGCACAUCAAAUGCCAGAAAUGAAGUAUUUUGGAUGUAAUGCAAUAUUUGGAAUUUUCACAAGUAAUAAAAGUCAGUGUAUAGCUGAAUCACUUGGAUUCAAGACGCUUGAAGAAGCAAAAUAUGGCGAAAGGGCGAUUGAAAAUAAUGUUCAAUAUUUAAAUAACAGAAAAAUAGCAGAAAAUGUGAACAUUAAAGCUAUGGCCAUGGUUAUAAAUUAAUAUGAGGAAAUAAAUUUUUUUUUUUACGAUAAUAAUAUCAUUAAUAAUGUUUAAAUUUUAUUUUUAUCGUAUGAUACCAUUUUAAUAUGAUUUGAA